AAAGGUUAAAAGGAGAAAAAGGCUACACUACCCUCUUCUCUACUAUAUUUCUCUGGCGCCAUUUGAAUACUCUUCCUUGUUCAAAUCAAACUUCUUCCUUCACUUUACUCACUUUGCAACCUUCCUAUUUCAGGAAAAAAACACAUACACUCAAAACAAAACAAAUCUCUGAAUAAACUUUAUCAUGGAAGAAACUAUGAACAACAACAACAGUAAUGUUGUUUCUUUAGGGUCACCAGAACAAGUAGUAACAAACACAUUACCACAGCCAAUGAACAUGAACAUAAACAUGAGUGUUGGAAACACUGACACUACUACUGGAACAACAACAAUGGUUCAUGAUGUGACAACAACAACAACAACACCACCACCACCAGGAUUUAGUGGAGGAGGAAGCUUAGAUUUGUUUGGUAAAAAAAAGAGAGGUCGACCAAGAAAAUAUGAUUCAGAAGGGAACCUAAAUUUGAGUUACAAGAAAACAACAACACCAACAUCACCACAAGGAUUCACUUUGUCUUCAAAUGACUUUUCAUCCAAAAGGGGUCGUGGAAAAUCAACUGGGUUUGGAAAUUACCAAAUUAUUUCUUCUUUUGGUGAGGUGUUUGCAAGCACAGCUGUUGUGGAUUUUACACCGCAUGUAAUCACAGUUUAUACAGGAGAGGAUGUUGCUGGAAAGAUCUUGUCAUUUGCACAGAAGAGUCCAAGAGGAAUAUGCAUUCUUUCUGCCAAUGGAGCUAUCUCUCAUGUCAUACUACGCCAACCUGGUUCUUCUGGUAGCAUAUUGACUUAUGAGGGUCGAUUUGAGAUUUUAUCUUUGUCUGGAUCAUACACGGUCUCGGAAAGUAGUGGCAUAAGAACUCGAAACGGUGGAUUGAGUGUCUCGCUGGCCGGUCCUGAUGGUCGGGUGAUUGGUGGUGCUGUUGCUGGUCUACUUACAGCUGCUGGCCCUAUUCAAAUUGUAGUGGGAAGCUUCAUGCCAAAUGAUCAGAAGACACUUAAAAGGAAGUACCAACGUCAACAAACCGUGGCAUCUCCAAAUAGUCCAGAAGCAGUGAUAGCCGCUAGACCUAUCUCACAAGCAAAUACUCAUGGUGAAAACUUUAUGAUACCUAUUUCUCAAUUACCAGAUCAAAUGCUGAGAGAAUCUGUUGUCAGUGUUUCAAGUGGUGAUAAGCAGAACUUAGAUGAUACACCUGAUGCUGCUACUUGGAAUGGUUCUGAUGAAUUCUCAGAUCAAAGGACAUCCCCUGAUAUCAAUAUUUCUUUGCCUGACGAAUAGAAGGUGAUGCAGAGGCUGACAUGGUAACUGAAUGAUACUAACACUGGAGCUUUGUCAUGACAACUAGGCUAUUUGACAUAAUGUACAGUUGUCAGAAGUUAGAAAUGAUUAAUUAUUGUUAUUAUUAUGGCCUCAUAUUUUUUUGAUCUUACAAGUUGUGUUGAAAACUUACAAGUAUUUUUUUUUUUUUUUGAGAUGGGAGUUAGCUAGGUGGAUUGGAUUAUCAAAGACAUUGUAAGCUUUUCUGUUGAGAUUGUUUUAGUCAAAUUUCUUGUAACUUUUUUUUUCCUUUCAUUUUUGCACAUUUGGGAUGCUUC